AAAAUCCUCGCCAAAAUCUCUCCCGAGAUUUCAUCUACCUCCCCUUCGUUAUCCGAUCCUUUUCCACUAUGCGUCCAUUUGCUCAGGAUGCGCGUAUAUCUCAUACGACACGCUGAGAGUGAGCACAAUGUGGCCCAGGUUUAUGCUGGCGUGACCGAUUCUGCUUUGACAAAUCAUGGCAUGCUCCAGAUCGAACGGCUUGCUCGGCACUUUCGAGCUCAGGGUGUUCAGUUCACCCGGGUCUUCGCCUCCCCCCUUCAGCGUGCUCGACUGACCGCCGAGGGGUUGUGCAAAGAGCCGAAUGCCUCAUCAUUGCAACCAAUUCUGUUACCAGUUCUUAUGGAGAAGGACUUUGGCUCUUUGGAGGGUGAAUCCUGGCGGACUUCUACCGUCGCUAGGUCCACAUUACCCCCGACGCUUGGUUUGGAUCACAAGGAGCCAGAGUCCGUAGCUUCUAUGGCUGCACGAGCGAAUCAGUUCCGUGAUGACUUCCUACUUCCCCUUCUUUAUGCUGAUCUAGAGACUACCGAGGUUGUCGCUAUUGUUUCGCAUGGGAUCGUGCUCUCAGUGCUCUGGGAGACUUUGACGACACUGUGUCAACACGAUCACCUUGUAUAUAGCGCAACUGUUCAAGCUCAAGCUCGACGGCCUGGUUGGUCUAACACAGGCUAUAUGGAACUGGAUAUAUUGAAGGCCCCAGGCGGCAUUGCCAGGCACAUAUCCUGUAACAGCCCUCCUGAAAACUCAGAAGCAAGGUCGCAUUCAGCUCAGGGUGCCCGGGUGACCGAUAGCCUUUCAACCAUUACCCUGAAGAUAACGGUUCACACAGUCAAUUGUCGACAGCAUCUUCAGAAUCUAAGACGCACCGGAAGUGGGAUCGGAAGCGCAGCAUACGAUCCCAAACAGAAACGUAUUAACAAUUUUUUUGUAGCACCUGGUGGUUAGAUAUGCCGAAGAUGUCUAUACCCAUGAUCGUGGUGCUUGAAUAAAUUAAUCGUUAUUUCACAUUAUUUAAUUAGACCAGUAUGACCUUUUGCUGCAUCCCGGUUUCGAUCGAGAUGAUUGCCUCGUUCGUUUGUGCAUGUAGCGUUGAAAAACUGUUCUCGAUCGGACCUUGAAUAUAUCCACGUUUCAAGGGAUAAAGAUGGCAAUCCAAGCACCUUAAAACGUUAUUAGAUUUAUAUAUCUCUAGCUUUAGGAAUGAUAUUGACUCCUAGGCGGGAGAAUAUUACAAAGAUUCAAACCCAAG